AUGCAUCAAUUUGCAUACUUCACAUUGGCAUUUCUCUUCUAUUCUUCUUGCACGAGGAGUGUUAUUGCUACAGGUCAAUUUGAUGGUGUGAAAGCAGAGCACCACCAUCAUCAUCAUAAUCAUAAUCAUCCGCAGCCGCAGCAGCUGGAGCAGGGGCAACAGAAUGGAACAGAUAACUCGUCGACCAAGCUGUUUGUAUUCGGAGAUUCUUAUGCGGAUACGGGUAAUUGGCCAUCCACCGCCAUCUCUUGGAAGAAGCCUUAUGGAAUCACUUAUCCCGGCAAGCCCACCGGCAGGUUUUCCGAUGGUCUCAUCCUCACCGAUUACUUAGCUUCUGGAAUAGGUAUAGAUUCUCCAGUACCUUACAACAAGUGGAAAACGUUAGGUGAUCAGAAAUCAGACCUACAAAUCAACGGGAUGAACUUUGCUCAUGGAGGAACCGGCGUUUUUAACACUUUGGUCAACCAACCAAACAUGACCACCCAGAUCAACAUGUUCCAACAACUGGUUCAAGAAGAUGAAGUGUAUGGCACACUGAUGCAGGAUUAUUGGGUUGCAUUAGUCUCUGUGGCUGGCAAUGAUUAUGCCACUUUUCUUGCCAAAAAUGGCUCCCUCCAGGAAGUACCAGCGUUUACAAAGACAAUCUUAAGUCAGCUUGAGUUGAACCUUCGACGGAUACACGGAUUGGGAGUGCAGAAGGUGUUGAUUACAGGAAUGCAGCCCUUAGGAUGCUUGCCACAAAUGACUGCCUUAAAUUCACAUACAAAUUGCAGUGAGGCUGGAAAUUCCCUAGCCAUAUACCAUAACCAGAUGUUACAAGAAAGUGUUCAGAAACUCAACAAUGAAACCGGUGGAUCCGCUUUCAUGAUCCUCGACCUCUAUAGUUCUUUCAUGUCGGCGUUAGAAAUCGUUGAUAACCAAGCAGGAAAUUCAACAUUUCCAUACCAGCUAACGCCAUGUUGCGUUGGUUCGGGUGAAGGGUAUUACUGUGGGAGUGUCAACAACCUUGGAAGGAAGAAGUACAAUGUAUGUGAAGAUCCCACACUAUCUUUUUUCUGGGAUUACAUUCAUCCUACGCAACAGGGCUGGGAAGCAGUUUAUUUUGCGCUGGAACCUUCAAUUCGAGACCUCCUCAAGUGA